AUGGCAAUCGGUAAGAUACCUCUAAUUUGGUUGCUAGGUCUGGCUUUAGCGUUUGGCGUCGCGGCAGCUGCCCCUGCUCAAGCUUCCAGCAGCAGCAGCAGCAGCAGGGUUAGCCGUCACUACGAUUUCUUCAUAAGGGAGGCUAACUACACUAGGCUCUGCCGCGAGAAGACCAUCCUCACCGUCAACGGCGAGUUCCCCGGCCCGACCAUCUUCGCGCGGAGCGGCGACGUCGUCUUCGUCAACGUCUACAACCAAGGCGACAAGAACAUUACAAUCCACUGGCACGGCGUGGACCAGCCGCGAAACCCAUGGUCGGACGGGCCGGCGUACAUAACGCAGUGCCCCAUCCAGCCCGGCAGCAAGUUCACCUACCGGAUCAUCCUCUCCGAGGAGGAAGGCACGCUGUGGUGGCACGCCCACAGCGACUUCGACCGCGCCACUGUGCACGGCGCCAUCGUCAUCCACCCCAAGCGCGGCGCCGCCUACCCAUUCCGGAAGCCGGACAAGGAGAUACCCGUCAUCCUCGGGGAAUGGUGGCACCGCGACGUCGGGCAGCUGCUCGGCGAGGCGCUCAGCACCGGCAGCGACUUUGAGCCCUCGGACGCCAACACCAUCAACGGCCAGCCCGGCGACCUGUUCCCGUGCUCCAGCGACAGCGCCUUCAGGCUCCCCGUCGAGCACGGCAAGACCUACAUGCUCCGCAUCAUCAACGCGGCGCUCACUACCGAGUUCUUCUUCGCCAUCGCCGGGCACCGCCUCACGGUGGUCGGCACCGACGCCGCCUACACCAAGCCGUUCACCGUCGACCACCUCUUCAUCGCGCCGGGUCAGACCAAGACCGUGCUGCUCCACGCCGACCGUGGAGCGCGCGGCCACCGCUCGUCGGACGGCACCUACCGGUACUACAUGGCGGCGAGGCCGCACGCGACCAACCCGAUCGCGCGCUUCGACAAUAGCACGGCCACGGCCGUCCUGGAGUACGUCGACGCGCCGCCGGCCGCUGCGACACCGCCGGUAAUGCCAUUCCUACCAGCCAUCAACGACAGCGCCGCGGCGGAGGAGUACUCGGCGCAGCUCAGGUCCCUCGCCAGCGACGAGCACCCGGUGGAUGUGCCCCGGCACGUCGACCACCGCAUGCUCAUCACCAUUGCCGUCAACGAGAUCCCCUGCACGCCCGGCGAGCUGUGCAAGGGACCCCGCAACAACCGCGUCGCGGCGAGCCUCAACAACGUCAGCUUCGAGAUGCCGAGCACCGCCAUCCUCGGGGCCUACUACCACUCGGCGCUCGGCGGCGUGGCUAAGCCGGACUUCCCGAACAACCCGGCGGUGAGGUUCAACUACACGUCCGAGGACCUCCCCUUACGGUUCACCGCGCGCGACACGCGGGUGAAGGUGCUGGAGUACGGCGCCGUGGUGGAGGUGGUGUUCCAGGACACGGCCAUCCUCGGCACCGAGAGCCACCCAAUGCACCUGCAUGGCUACAGCUUCUACGUUGUGGGGAGAGGGCUCGGGAACUUCGACAAGAACAAGGCUCCGGCCACCUACAACCUGGUAGACCCUCCAUACCAGAACACCGUCUCCGUGCCCAAGGCUGGCUGGGCCGCGAUUCGUUUCCGCGCGGCGAAUCCUGGUGUAUGGUUCAUGCAUUGCCAUUUCGAACGGCAUAUGGUGUGGGGGAUGGAGACCGUGUUCAUCGUGAAGAAUGGCAAGGCGAGGGAAGCUAAGAUGAUGCCACCGCCUCCAAACAUGCCUAGGUGCUAA